AUGAGCUACUACGGCAGCUACUAUGGAGGCCUGGGCUACGGCUAUGGAGGCUUUGGUGGCCUGGGCUAUGGCUAUGGUGGCUUUGGUGGCCUGGGCUACGGCUGUGGCUACAGAGGCUAUGGAUGUGGCUGCUGGCGCCCCUGCUGCUAUGGAAGGUACUGGUCUUCUGGCUUCUACUGA